UCUGGUCAGGAUGCCACCCGAACGCCUCCCUAGGGAGGUGUUUAGGGCACGUCCGACCGGUAGGAGGCCACGGGGAAGACCCAGGACACGUUGGGAAGACUAUGUCUCCCGGCUGGCCUGGGAACGCCUCGGGAUCCCCGGGAGGAGUUGGACGAAGUGGCUAGGGAGAGGGAAGUCUGGGCUUCCCUGCUUAGGCUGCUGCCCGCGCGACCCGACCUCGGAUAAGCGGAAGAAGAUGGAUGGAUGGAUUUUAACCCAUAAAGUUGUUGAGUCGAGUCAAAAAGUAACUUUUACCAUGAGUACAUUUUGAAUCAGUUACUUGUUUUGCUUGGGCUCUGUGCCUUACUAAAAUGUAUUCAAAAUACAGUAUCUGUACAUCCACCUGUGCGGAGGGUGCAAACCUAUACAUGACGUCACUAUAAACCAAAACAUAUCACGAUACUGUACUUGCAACACAUAUUUCUGGAAGCUUCCUCUCAUAAAUAGUCAGACGGUGAGAGAAAUAACCACUGCUCAACGAAAAACUUGAAAAAAGAAACAUCUAUUAUUGAGGUGGUUCAGGAAUCUGGUCAGGAUGCCACCAGAACGCCUCCCUAGGGAGGUGUUUAGGGCACGUCCGACCGGUAGGAAGCCACGGGGAAGACCCAGGACACGUUGGGAAGACUAUGUCUCCCGGCUGGCCUGGGAACGCCUCGGGAUCCCCCGGGAGGAGUUGGACGAAGUGGCUGGGGAGAGGGAAGUCUGGGCUUCCCUGCUUAGGCUGCUGCCCCCGCGAACCGACCUCGGAUAAGCGGAAGAAGAUGGAUGGAUUUUAAUCCAUAGAGUUGUUGAGUCGAGUCAAAAAGUAACUUUUACUAUGAGUACAUUUUGAAUCAAUUACUUGUUUUGCUUGGGCUCUGUGCCUUACUAAAAUGUAUUCAAAAUACAGGAUCUGUACAUCCACCUGCGCGCAGGGUGCAAACCUAUACAUGACGUCACUAUAAACCAAAACAUAUUACGACACUGUACUUGCAACACAUAUUUCUGGAAGCUUCCUCUCAUAAAUAGUCAGAUGGUGAGAGAAAUAACCACUGCUCAACGAAAAACUUGAAAAAGGAAACAUCUAUUAUUGAGGUGGUUCGGGAAUCUGGUCAGGAUGCCACCAGAACGCCUCCCUAGGGAGGUGUUUAGGGCACGUCCGACCGGUAGGAGGCCACGGGGAAGACCCAGGACACGUUGGGAAGACUGGCCUGGGAACGCCUCGGGAUCCCCCGGGAGGAGUUGGACGAAGUGGCUGGAGAGAGGGAAGUCUGGGCUUCCCUGCUUAGGCUGCUGCCCCCGCGAACCGACCUCGGAUAAGCGGAAGAAGAUGGUUGGAUGGAUUUUAAUCCAUAAAGUUGUUGAGUCGAGUCAAAAAGUAACUUUUACUAUGAGUACAUUUUGAAUCAGUUACUUGUUUUGCUUGUGCUCUGUGCCUUACUAAAAUGUAUUCAAAAUACAGUAUCUGUACAUCCACCUGGGUGCAAACCUAUACAUGACGUCACUAUAAACCAAAACAUAUUACGACACUGUACUUGCAACACAUAUUUCUGGAAGCUUCCUCUCAUAAAUAGUCAGACGGUGAGAGAAAUAACCACUGCUCAACGAAAAAGUUGAAAAAAGAAAUAUCUAUUAUUAAUCCACCGGCGAGGUAAGGUUUUGGACCGUUUCAGUGCGAAAGGGAAUCCCUCGACGUCACCAAGGAUACCAAACACAACAGCACUGCACAAAUAUGGGCAUGUACGUCAGCGGAACCCCGAGGCGGGACUUAAAUGCUUCGGUUGUAGGCUUACCCAAGGAGGAUUCAUUCAUAAGCCCAAAUCUGCUUGUUUGUACCGUAAUUUUAUCCUGUAUCCACCGGGUCUUGCCGCCAAACGGACUUUAUGGAUCUAUCGAAGUGAGGAAGGAAGAACCGAGGACUGGGGACAAUUUAUAUCCCCAUUUUUUUGGCGGGGAAGUGGAUUAAAUAUUCUCCAUGCAACUUUUUUGGAAAGACAGCAGGAGCAGCCCCGCCGAAAACAGCAAAAACUCUAUUAAAGGUGCCACGCUCCCUUUCGGUCCCCCCGGGGAGAUGUACCAAGGGUUCCCCGGCGACUACGACAGCGGUUCCCGUGGAAGCUCAUCUCCGUCCAUAGAGUCCCAGUACCUUUCCUCCGUGGACUCCUUUGGGAGCCCGCCGACCACCAGUGCUCCCCAGGAGUGUGUGUCAGCCGGAGCUGGCUUGAGCAUUGUGGGCAGCGGGCCAGGAUCCAGCGCCGGAGGGGAGAUGCCCGGCUCAUUUGUGCCAACUGUCACUGCCAUCACGACCAGCCAGGACCUGCAGUGGAUGGUUCAGCCCACGCUCGUCUCCUCCCAGGCCUCGGGACAGAGCGGCACCACUGGCACCUCCACAAUGACACAGCCGGUGUCACUGGUUGACCCUUACGACAUGCCGGGCCCGAGUUAUUCUUCCGGGUCCGGAUUCACCCCCCCGAGUUCGGACACCCCCGGUCCGGCUACGGGUCCCAUUCGCCACUCCAGAACCCGUAGUCGUCGCACGCGAGACGAGUCUGUGAGUGAAGACGGAGAUGUUGGUGUGUUACUGUCCCCGGAGGAGGAGGAGAAGCGGCGUGUCCGUCGAGAGAGGAACAAACUGGCCGCCGCCAAAUGCAGAAACCGGCGGCGGGAGCUCACAGACAGACUGCAGUCGGAGACAGAUAACCUGGAGGAGGAGAAGGCCGAGCUGGAAGCGGAGAUCUCCGAGCUCCAGAAGGAGAAGGAGCGCCUGGAGUUUGUGCUGGUGGCUCACCAGCCCAACUGCAAGAUCCUCUACCAGGAGCAGCCGCCGCCGGGCUCCACGCCGCUCCCCGCCCAGACCUUACAACCCUCUGCCUCCAUUGUGAGCUUGGCAGUGAAGGAAGACUCUUUCUUUCUCCCCGCUGCCUACACAACAAGCCACCCGGCUUCCUCGCAGUCGCAGCAGCAGCAGCAGCAGCAGCAGCAGCAGCAGCAGCAGCAGCAGCAGCAGCCGCCGCCUCAGCCUGGGAUGAUGCAGGAGGUAGAGUUUUCUCGUUCUUUCUAUGGCUCGAGUGAGGCAGUGACGCUCGGCGGGCCGUGCCUCAUGGCCGGCGACGGGGGCGACGGCGGUUGUGGUGGCGGUAACCGUGACGAUGCGACCAUUGCCAACCACAGCACCUCAUACACAUCUUCAUUUGUGUUCACCUACCCAGAGGGAGCCUGCGGGGUCAGUGCCAACCAUCGGAACAGCAGUAGCGAGCAGUCAUCUGAUUCCUUGAACUCGCCCUCCCUGCUGGCGCUCUGACUGACCGACAAAACGCGCGUAACUUAUGCUUGACGACGGUUAUGGGGUGACGCCCCUUUGAGCGGUCUUGCAGAUUGAGUAAAAGAAACACAAAAAUUUAAGAAUUCCACGAGCGAGCCAUGCCAACUUGAGUGUGGCGCUAUGUGAAUCCGACAUAUGAUCCACGUUAGACUCAUGUGCACCCACCUCGUUCCCUCUGAGGGUCCCUCCUUUCAUUCACUCUUUCAUCCCUCCCUCCUCUUUUUGAACAGUCGUAUUAGCGCACAAAAGGAGGAGAGACAGAUUGCACUCACCACCGCUAAGCCUUCAUCCCGUUUUUUUUUUACAAUUCCUCUGCCAUGCUUCUCCUCCUCUGUCUCUUGUGUUUCUCCCCCUCUCUCUCUCUCUCUCUCUAAAGUCCCCGACCCCCGAGAGCCCGAAGACCCCCGAGAGUCCUUGGAACCUUGAGUGAAAACACACACAGACCACCUUAACCUGUCAGGUUAAGACACAGAAGACCUGGAUCAGGAUUCUGGAUUCCUAAAGAGCUCACACCCCCGGACGCUUGCACACACACACACACACACACACACACACACACACACACACACACACACACACACACACACACACACACACGCACACACACACACGCACUCACAUACAGAUAUGCACAGAGUACGCUGGAGGUCUUUAAACGAGAUGGCAGUUAUCGUGCGGUUUCAAAGGAAGAAAUGGCGCAAUGAGGGAUGGCACCCAUCCUGGAUGUUUGUUGUCGUGAGCCCAACGCAAAUGAACAAACACAAAAUAGAAAAACAUCCUGCUGUUGCCAAUUGUCGCUUUUGCAUCGUGCUUUUCUGCCCCCUCGCGUGAAGAUCCAGACAACCUCUAAAGCCUUGGGCCCCUGGCCUGUUUAUUUCUUUCUUGAAUGAGGUUGUCAUGGCGACUGAGCGUAAACAGACCAGGAAAACCGAAAGAGGAGAGCAUCCCACGUGGCGCGAGCGUCCUCUUUUCAUGUCUGUGAAUUUGUACCAUUUUUGUUUCUCCUCGUACGUUCCAGUGACACUUGUUGCAUAUUUUAAUGUCUUUUUUUAUGUGUUUGAAUGUUCCGCUUUUACUCGUACCGUUGAAUUGUUUUUCUCUUACUGUUGCAUUGUGCUAUUUUUUUUUUUGGUCAUUAUUUGAUUUUGUUUCACGUGGCAACUUUGAAAGCAUGUCGUGCACAAAAGGUUUUUUCAAAAACUCGUCUAUAUGCCUUUACACAGAUAUCAUGUAUAUAUACUAUAUAAGUAUCAUGAUUGAUGAGUAUGAAUGUAUUGCAGAUUUAAAGGGGAUAUUUUUGAAGAAGAAUUUGAUGUUUCGGAGGUUUGAAACUAAUAUUUUUUUAAGAGAAUGAAAAAACAUAUAUAUAUAUAUAUAUAUAUAUAUAUAUAUAUAUAUAUAUAUAUAUAUAUAUAUAUAUAUAUAUAUA